UUCGUUUUAAUAUAUGAAGUUGCUUAAUACAGAAAUAGAAAGGUGUCGAAUUCAAGUGCGUAGCAUCAUACAGAAGUGAACUAAUUUCAAACUUUAAAGAAGGCCCUCCAAGACUUAUGACUUUUAAGUUUAAACUAAUUUGAGGCCUCAGUUAUUGUUCUAAUGUAUUUGUAGUGAAAUUCAAAUUUUUGUUGAUGAACAAGAAUCAGUCGAUAUUAUCUAUCAUCGCUCACAGCACGUAUCGAGACAUCUAUUUAUUCGUUACUCGGUCUAAGAGAAUCGAAUUUAUGCAAAAAAUCGCAAGUGAUAUUAUAACAAAUAAUAUAAGGAAUAGAAGACCUAUUUAAAACAAUAAAUAAACUCUAUAUUUUGAACUAAUUAUAUCAUAUGUUAUAAUAAUUACUUUAAAUAAUUUUGUUACGGGACUUAAAUUAUACUACUAUAAAUGUUCUACUUUCUAAUUCAGACAUACAUAAAUUAUUAAAAGGAAGUUGUUAUAAAAAUCUAAAACAGUCUAAAAUUUCAUAAAUUAUUCGAAAAAUAUUUUAAGACAAUCGAUUAUUGUACGACCUUCAUAGUAUCUGUACUUUCGCACAUUUAACAACAGGAAUCGAGUUCGGCACAUCAUUAUUAUUUAUCAAUUAGACUUGAAAGUUAAAACUGAAAGUACAUUGUAAACAUACAUAAAAAAUUAUAACUAUAAAACUAUUUAUAUUGUUAUAACAAUAACUAAGUACUGUUUAAAUUUGUAGGAUUCUCUUUGCUGUUUGUGUUUUUUAAUUCAAUUACUCCGAAAGUAAAUAUUUUAUACAUUGAAGAUAUAUUGGUUAAACAAAUUAAUAAACCCUUAUAUAUUAAUUGAUGAAACAAUGUCCGAUCCAACAAUUCAAACAUUUUGCUGUCAUCAUACAGAAAAUAAGGAAGACUUGGCAAUUAAAAUUAUGAGUGAAUUUAAUACAGAAUCAUAUAAUUCAGUAUGUUUAGUGUCCUCAACUAUUGGAAUACUAGGUUCUAUAUAUCAGAUUUUCCCAAGGCCUCUGCGAAAAAAUCAAACCAGACCACUUAACUGUUCUUCAGUACGAGGAAGAAGAAUUAUAAUUUGGUUGGCAAUUGCAGAUUUAUUAGCUGCUCUUGGUGUACUUGUAAGGUCUUCACUGUGGUUGCAAUACAAAAAUAUUAUGCCCAUGCCUAAUGAUGAUGUGAGUGUAUUAUUUUGCAGCAUCAUUUCUGCUUGGACUCAAUAUUUUUACACUGCUACCUGGUUUUGGACCUUGUUUUAUGCAAUAGACACAUGGCGAUCAAUCAGAGGAUAUGAUUCUCAGUCAGCACUUUAUCACUCUUUGGCAUGGGGGCUACCAGCUGCAACCACCAGUAUAGGGCUAUCUAUUCUGUAUUUACCAAAUGCAAAAUGUCACCAUAUAACAUCUGUUUCAUCAGCUCUACUUAAAAUUUUACCCAAUUAUUGUGCUACAUACUUGCCCAUAGCCAUAGUAAUGGUAGCAAAUCCUAUUAUUUAUAUUAUGGCUAGCAGGAAGAUUGAAAUGACAGUAGCUCUACCUUUGGCUCAGUUUACAAGCAAAGAAAGGCAUGUGGUUGAUACAUUAAGGUUAAAGUUUUUUCUAAUAAAUGCUGUUUUUUACAUCUGUUGGUUACCAAAUCUUAUUAAUGGGAUAUUAGUGUGGACCAUGUGGUUCAAUAUGCCUGUUACAUUUAUCAUUGUUAUAUGGUAUAUUAUGGCCCUCUUGAAUCCUAUGCAAGCUUUGUUGAAUGCAUUGGUGUAUCGAAAGUGGAAUACCAAUGAAAGACGUUCUAAGCCAUCUGUGCCAAGUUUCCAAAAAUUUUUCCAAAGCAACGAUGAACAAUCUCCUCUCCUAGGUUCAGAGCCUCCACGUUUGCCACUCUCUCCUAUUCCAGCAAUUAAUAAUUAUGCUACCUUGUAAUGUGUGUUUUGUGUGAUGUGAUGUGAUGUGAUACUACUAUUAUUUUAUAACAUAUUUUAUACAAUUUAUGUAAAAACUUUUUGUUAUAUUACUAAGUAAAACAUUUUUACUGAUUUUA